AUGGCUGCCAAGUGCGACCCCAACUAUCGGCAUGCCGACUGGUCCUUCUAUCGCUACGAACCCUCGACAGCCGCGGCCGUCAUAUUCGUCGUGCUAUUCAGCAUCACAACGAUCGUCCAUGUCUUCCAGUUGAUUAAGACUAAAACCUGGUACAUGCUGGCAUUCUGCCUCGGCGGCAUCUCUGAAAUAGCCGGAUACAUUGGCCGCGCGAUCAACUUAACCGAGGACCCUGGCUGCUGGACAUUGGGACCCUACGUCGUUCAAAGCGUCUUGCUUCUCAUCGCCCCUGCAUUGAUCGCAGCUUCUAUCUACAUGACACUGAGCCGUGUCAUCCUCCUGAAGGAAGGAGAGGUUCAUGCAGUUAUUAGGAGACGGUGGUUAACAAAGAUCUUUGUAGUAGGAGAUAUUAUAUCGAUCGAGCUCCAGUCCGCAGGCGGAAGCAUGAUGUCGGGAGCCAACGAGGGGAACAACCUCAUGAAGAUUAGAGAGUACGUCAUCAUCGGCGGCCUCUUCUUCCAGCUUGCCAUCUUCGGCAUCUUCAUCGUGGUCGUUAGUGUCUUCCACCGCCGGAUGAAACGGUCUCCUACCAACAAGAGCCUAGAGCCCUCGAUUCGGUGGCGCCAUUACCUCACUACUCUCUACAUCACGAGCGGUUUUAUCUGGGUCAGGAGUCUGUUCCGAGUUAUUGAGUACCUCGAUGGCAACGACGGAUAUCUCAUGAGGACUGAGGCCUUCAUGUUCGUCUUCGACGCUACCCUGAUCUGGAUUGUCAUGGUUUGGAUGAACUGGUAUCACCCCAGCGAGAUUGGCCUGCUUCUACGAAAUGAGCUACCGGUGACGAAUGGUUUCGAGCUACUUCCGUUUCGACAACGAUUUGAGAAGAUCUGCUCUUGA